AAGACAUCCGCCAGAAGUUGAAGCGCCGCGUCACACGGAUUAGUUUGCUCGCGGUCGAGACUGCGGGAGACUUGUUACGCAUCGUGCAGGCAGCUGAGCCCUGCGAAGGUGUUAGGGGAGGACUAGAAGGUGUUAGGGGUGAACAGGUAGUUCUUUCGACGCCUGAGGCAGGUGAAAAUGAAGAAAUAAGUCCUGAUCAUGUGUCAAAGGAACAAAGUGAACAAGGAAUCGUCCUCGAGAAACGACGAGGACUUUCGCUUUCCAGUGAGAAG